CCCGCCGGCUGCGCCCCAGCGGAGCAUGCACUGACUCGCUGCCUCGGCUCAGAGCCAUCCCAGCCGCCGGGGUGCGCGUUGCAUGGUGUGGGGAUACACGGUCUCGAUAAUAAAUGAUAGAGGAUACAAUGACUUUGCUGUCUCUGCUGGGUCGGAUCAUGCGUUACUUCUUGCUUAGACCGGAGACCCUGUUCUUGCUGUGCAUCAGCCUGGCCCUGUGGAGUUAUUUCUUCCACACGGAUGAGGUGAAAACCAUUGUUAAGUCCAGCAGGGAUGCGGUGAAGAUGGUGAAGGGCAAGGUGGCCGAGAUCAUGCAGAAUGACAGGCUCGGGGGGCUAGACGUGCUGGACGCAGAGUUCUCCAAGACCUGGGAGUUCAAGAGCCACAACGUGGCUGUCUACUCCAUCCAAGGCCGGAGGGAUCACAUGGAGGACAGGUUCGAAGUAAUCACUGACCUGGUGAACAAGACUCACCCCUCCAUCUUCGGGAUUUUUGAUGGGCACGGAGGAGAGUCAGCAGCAGAAUAUGUGAAGUCUCGCCUGCCUGAAGUCCUAAAACAACAUCUUCAAGACUAUGAGAAGGACAAGGAGAACAGUGUGCUGUCUUACCAAACCAUCCUGGAACAGCAGAUUUUAUCAAUUGAUCGAGAAAUGCUGGAAAAAUUGACUGUAUCCUACGAUGAAGCAGGUACAACUUGUUUGAUCGCGCUGUUGUCAGAUAAAGAACUCACAGUGGCCAACGUUGGUGAUUCGCGAGGAGUCUUGUGUGACAAGGACGGGAAUGCUAUCCCCUUGUCACACGAUCACAAGCCCUACCAACUGAAAGAGAGGAAGAGGAUUAAAAGAGCUGGUGGUUUUAUCAGCUUUAACGGCUCCUGGCGCGUUCAGGGGAUCCUGGCCAUGUCCCGCUCGUUAGGAGAUUACCCUCUGAAGAACCUGAAUGUUGUCAUUCCCGACCCCGAUAUUCUUACCUUUGACCUGGACAAACUGCAGCCAGAGUUCAUGAUCUUGGCGUCGGAUGGUCUGUGGGAUGCUUUCAGCAACGAGGAAGCUGUCCGAUUCAUCAAGGAACGCUUGGAUGAACCACACUUCGGUGCAAAGAGUAUAGUUCUACAGUCCUUUUACAGAGGAUGUCCCGAUAAUAUAACAGUGAUGGUGGUGAAGUUCAGGAAUAGCGGCAAAACAGAAGAACAGUAAUUACCAGUGGUUCUCUGCCUCACUCUGAACUGAGAACAAACUCUUACAUUUUAAACGUAGUAGAAAGCUCUAGUAAAUACCGUUAAGAUUCUACACAAAAGGAACAGAUCCCUCCGGUCUUUGUUCUUUGCUUAACAAAAGGAGCAAUACAACAACUACAUUCUGCGUGAUUAUAAGAAUUAAGUUUGUUCACAUAGACCUGUCUCCUGUGACCUUGCUGCUCCUUAGAAACUAACUGUAAUCUUCCAUUUCAGAAUUGUCUUUGCAAAUCCUCUGUAGACUUCUCAUUUGAUUCCUUACCUCUCAUUUCUAACAGUCAAAGGUUCGUUCAGACGCACAGCAGGGUCAGGGCAGUGCUGCCGCUUAAUGGCAAGUGAUAGGAAUGAUGCUGCUUUUCACUCGUAGGUGUGACUCUUCAGAACGAUGCUCUCGUGUUUCUCAUCUCUUUUCUUUUUUAAUCUGCAGUGAUAAGGUUGUAUAGGAAAAGGUUUGCGAUUGUUGGCCUGUUAUUGAUAGGAAGGAGGAAGAGGAGCCAACUAUUUAUUAGCCUGCUACCACAGAACUGGCUCUCUCGCUUUAACCUCCCCCUCGCCCCUUAAAUAAAUCCCCGCCAAGCAUGUGAUUAGGUAUAGGUACUGAAUUACCUGAAGCCACAUGUUUAUUCAGUCUGUGCAUUACUCUAAUAACAUUUCUUCUAUGCCAUAUUGUAUUCAA